AUGACAGGGUUGUGGGGUCGACAUGUUUACUACAACUAUUUCAUGAUGCGUAACGAACUUAUCAGAGUUACCAAGCUCAGCGGCCAUGUAGACUACCUGCUGGCACCUGUCCAUACAGCACAAUGCCAAUUCAUACAGACCGAGUCUUUUGAGAUGGCUAUUGUGUACGCCCGAGUUGAUGCGACCGUUGUCCAUUCCUGGCUCUCAGCCUUUGGCAUAGUUGGUUUUGAUCCUGAAGGCAAGCGGCUUGAAUGGCAACUUUGGAGCAUCAGCUUCGUACCCCAGUAUAUGGCAAGUGUCACGAUGCUCACGGAUGGGAGUGGCAGUCGACCUUGGAAUCUAUGGCCAAAGUCAUGGUACGAAGAGUAUUCCACGUACAGCUCGGACACCAGCGUAAAUCGUAAGACUUGGCCUCUACUGUGUCGCGUGCUGAUGGCCAUCUGCUGGAUUCCUGAUGACCUUGCUUCCACAAAUGACUGGCACCCAACGAACAUCCCAGCACUAAAGAUUGCGUAUAUUAUCUUCAUAGGCUACAUAUGGAUUCGUAGCUGGACUCCAUACACAUCUCGCGUCAAGGCACCCACUUUAAGAGUGGACGGGCCCAUGACAUGCCUUGUCAAAGCCACGAUUGCCACGAUCGCGUUCUCUUCUGCAGUCCCUCUCGGCUCGCUUACGCCAUGCAGAUGUCGCUCAUCUGAACCCUUGCCCACCUCAGAAGCCUUUGACGCGCAAGGCUUUUCCUCGAUUCAAAGCAGUCCAAAUCAACCAGGACUCCCGCUACUGUACCCCGCCCCAGCUCAGCCCAAUGACAUGGUAUCGGUCGAAUUAACUCAUGCAAGCUCGGAACUCGUUUCAUUACUUUUCUCAGUCAUCUUGCUGUAAUUACCACAAUUACCUCAGAUUAUGACUAUUUUAAUGAACCAAUCCGGCUGAAAAGCACCCAGCACAUUCCUUCAAUGCCACAAUUUUGAUGCGCUACAGGGAUUCCUACCUUGGUUCGACAGUUUGAUCGGCGCUGGGGGGGGUUCGUGGGGCCCGAUUCCGAUGCGCUGGAAAAGACGGCAACUCCAAGAGAGAGCCGGGAAAUCUAUCGACUAGUCUAGCCUACUAAUCUAGCGGGUUCGCGUCAGUAGGGGGGAGGACGCGAUGUGGCUCCCUGCUCUUCCAGAAUGUUCAAGGAUCCAAGAUUUGAUGUUAUUUUUCUUUCUUUUUCCACCGCGCUCCUUCUUCAGAACAGGGAACCACGAUGGGGACUUGGACGGAUUUGGCAUUUCGCUUCGGCAAAACAACCCAUGUGUCCCCUCCCACCCGAGUAUGGUCAAGCUCGUUGAUAGUGCUGGGCUGAAAAGAAAGAAAAAUUUGUUCUCUCUUAGAACCAUGGC